ACCAACAGUGACAGCUUUAGCGGGAUUGUGUGGUGUUUUAGAGUGUGACAAGUUAUGCGGAACUCGCAGGACUCUGCACGUUGGUGUUGUUUCUUCCUUCCCACUCAAACUUCUUAGAACAGGUUCACACUGAAAGAGCAACGUUUGUGAGAGUGGCUGGCAGUUUACGUCUGUUUUGAGAGGCGCCAGGACAAACGCUAACUGAGUAUGAACGCUUCGGACCAUGAGAGGUGACAACAAAUUAGAGUAGAAGGAUUUAACAAUGAAUUUAUGACAGCAUCGUUGUUGUUGUUGAUAUUAAGUGAUUGUGAAUGCUUCUCUGACGCUUUUAUUUUUACAUGUUCGCUUCUUGAGUGCCUUUACCUCGCGCGUGAGGUUAACUAGCUUACCAAAAAUGAAGUUUAACGGUUACCUGAAGCUUCGGAUAGGUGAGGCGGUGGACUUGAAACCCACCACUUUCUCCCUCCGCCACUCUGUCAUCUUUAACAAAGCCGCUCCAGCGCUGGACCCUUACAUUAUUGUUAAAGUGGAUGACUUCAAAAUCGGACAAACGCACACCAAACAGAAAACGAACACGCCGACGUACAACGAGGAGUUUUGUCUCAACGUGAAGGACGGUAAACAGAUAGAACUGGCAGUUUUCCACGACACCCCGAUCGGAUAUGAUGACUUUGUGGCCAACUGCAUCAUCCAGUUUGAGGAGCUCAUCAAGACCUCCAACACAGGGGAGACUUUCGACGGAUGGAUGGAUUUGGAGCCAGAGGGCAAAGUUUAUAUCCAUGUUACCCUCACUGGAUCCUUCACUGAUGACGACGCUAUCGUAAAAGAAAAAACCUACAAACAGUUCACAAGGAAGCGGCAGAGAGCAGUGAGACGGAGGAUCCACCAGGUCAACGGGCACAAGUUCAUGUCCACCUUCCUCCGUCAGCCCACCUUCUGUUUCCACUGCAAAGAGUUCAUCUGGGGUGUAUUUGGAAAGCAGGGUUACCAGUGUCAAGUUUGUACAUGUGUGGUUCACAAACGAUGCCACGAGCAUGUUGUCACAGUGUGUCCACGCAUGAAGAAGCCAACAAAAGAGCAGCCUACAAACCAAGGCUUCAGCAUCAACGUCCCUCACAAGUUCAGUAUUCACAACUACAAGUCUCCUACCUUCUGUGACCACUGCGGUUCUUUGCUGUGGGGAAUUGUUCGGCAGGGCCUGCACUGUAAAAUAUGUAAGAUGAAUGUUCACAUCCGAUGUAAAGGAAAUGUUGCACCAAGCUGUGGGGUUAAUAGUGUGGAGCUGGCCAAUAAACUUGCAGAGAUGGGUCUGCAAGCUGGAAGACUCUCUAAACGCAGCUCAGAGGUUAAAAAAGAAGUUCAGUUAAGAGUGCCUUCUGUAAGAAGGGAGAAGGUGGAGUGUCAGCCAGAGACCCCCCGGAUGGGCAUCUCAGACUUCACGUUUCUUCAAGUUCUUGGCAAGGGCAGCUUUGGCAAGGUGAUGUUGGCGAGACUGAACGAUAAAGAGCGAGUUUUUGCAGUGAAGGUGUUGAAGAAAGACAUCAUUUUGCAGGAUGAUGAUGUGGAGUGUACCAUGACGGAGAAGAGGGUUCUGUCACUGGCUUGCUGUCACCCCUACCUCACAAAGCUGUACUGCUGCUUCCAGACAUCGGACCGUCUCUUCUUUGUGAUGGAGUUUGUAAACGGGGGCGAUCUAAUGUUCCACAUCCAGAAGUCCAGGAAGUUUGAAGAACCUCGAGCACGUUUCUAUACAGCAGAGAUCACCUCCGCUCUCAUGUUCCUGCACAGCAAAGGAAUCAUCUACAGGGAUCUUAAAUUGGACAAUGUUCUUCUCGACAAAGACGGUCACUGUAAGCUGGCAGACUUUGGCAUGUGCAAAGAGGGCAUAUUUGAGGGAGUGGCCACGGGAACUUUCUGUGGCACCCCAGAUUACAUCGCCCCUGAGAUACUGCAGGAGAUGCUGUAUGGGCCCUCGGUCGAUUGGUGGGCUCUCGGGGUGCUGCUGUACGAGAUGCUGUCGGGGCACGCCCCAUUUGAGGCUGAAAAUGAAGAUGACCUCUUUGAAUCUAUCCUCAAUGAAGAGAUUAUUUACCCGUCUUGGCUCAGCACAGAGGCAGUGAAUAUACUUAAAGCUACUGUCUGACACUGACUGCAAAGUGACUCGCAGCCUGAUGGUGCUCUGACAGCCAGCUGUUUGGCCUGGGUCUCUUGCAUAACUAUAUUAAGGCAUGGUCCACUGCCUGGCCACAGCACACAAGCUAUAAAUACCACAACCCCCCCUCACUCCAUUUCUCCUCCUCUUUUCUCCCCCGAAGUUCUUCCUCUGCAGCCCCGUUGUCCUCUGAAGCACCCCCCCCUCCUCUUUUUAUCCCUGUUUUUUAUUCCAACAUGCACGAGGAAGCACUGGAACAAUCUCCCCUGGUGAUUUAUGUCAGAGCUCCCGGUGUAACAUGUUACGUAAAGAUGCAUGUCUGUGUGAGUGGAUUUAAGGGCUGCUGCACUAUUUAUACUGAGGGUUGAUCCGUUGUAAAGUUCCCCUUGUUCCCAUUCCCGAGUUUAUAGAGUUGAGCUGUCUGGUUUACUUUGUUAGGAUCUUAAGUCUUUACUCUCUCUACUUUUAUAUGUUAAGGCAGAAAUAAAUUUAAACAAAAAGAAUUUGAAGUUAUUUUGUUGUAAACAUCACUUCCUUACAUGGAAACUGGAACCUGCAUAUAUUUGAUAUUUUGCUUUAUCCAUCACCUUAUUCAUCAACCAAUACAUCAACAACUGAUGCUAAUAAUACUUUUCCAUUGAAGUGAUUAAAGAUCCAAUGAGGAACUUUUUUGUGUCCACUUGGGCCCCCUCUGUGGACAAAGAAGUCCCGCCUACCAUUUUGCUGAUUUGGUCUUUUAAACAUGUAAAUGAGUGUUUUUAAAGCUGCCAUAACUGAAUUAUAAUUUAUGACUGUUAUUAAGUUUUUUCUACUUUCAGGUCAAUGUUUUUUCUUGGGCAGGGCUUAAUGUGGGCAGCAACAUAUUUGGGGGUCCAUGCAUUAUCCUACCCCCAGUUUGACAAUGAUAUAUAAGCACUGAGUGCUUCAUCUUUGUAUAGUUGGUCGUUUAGUUUUCUGAUUAUACCUUAAUUUUAGGCUAGCCACUCGUCAAAGGCUGUGUUUUUGUCCAGUGUAGGGGGAAUUAGCCCAACCUAUUGGUCAUGGUGGCAGGCAGGUUAAUAAAAGUAAUGAAAAAGGGUUAUUUGUGACAGAAAUCAAAUUAGAUUGAAUAUCAGACUUCUGCCUCAGGGAGCAGGCUAUAUGCUGGUAUGAUUAUCUCAGUGUCACUUGAAUCCAGCCAUCGGGGCAAAGGGGCCUUUCCAAAACAAAUGCCCUUGUCACUCUACUCGAGUACGGAGUGAACUCCGACCGAGGUUACAGAUGAAGCUCCCUCAGUUAAGCUGGAGAGCUUCAAUACAGCAGGCUACGGGACAACGCCCCUCACUGACAUUAAAACCGUGUGUAUAGAAUGAUUUGAUAUCACUAAAAUAUGGUGUCCACAUGAGUUGCGUUAGGCGGCGUCACUAAAAUCACCCCAUAAUAUGAGAGAAAAACUACAUAUUUGGUGGCAGUCUGAUGUUUACAAGGUGAUUAAUUUAUUCAGUCCCUGUGAGCAUCAACACUUAACAGAAAUAAAUACAUAAAGAUUUCAAGAUUUGAAGGUUAGACCAUGAAAGUAAUCUUUUUAAAAAUAUUUUAAAUCUGUAUCAUACUGUUAGUUUUAACUUAUUUUGAUACGUUGAAGUUUGUGCAGGUAAUAAUGCAGAACUAUAACCUACAGUGUGUCUCCCAUGACAAACAGUAAAAGGUGUUACAUCUGUUCAGUAAGUUUGUAAGUGGAGGGUUUAACUAACUAACUAACUCUGAGGUUUUAGAAAGGCCCAAGAUCUCUACUUGCCCAAGGUGUGUUUUAAGCAAUGACUCACUUGUCUCAAGUCCAUCAUGAUUAACAUGAGCAGGCUGUGGCUGUCUCCCUCCAGUCAAUCCCUGCGCUCUGCCAAGCACUACUAUGCUAAAGGUCAGUGUAUCCAGAGAUAAAUAAUGAACCGCCAGAUUUUUCACAUUAAAAGUACCCCCUUCUCAUGUUGAUAAAAGUCCUUUAUUUUGAAGGAAAUGGGGCAUAUCUGGCAACCAUUUAACAACUCAGACAUCUCAUAUAUAAUUGCAGAAGAAAACACAACUUCAUAUCACACAUAACACUCAGGAGUUUUAUGGAGAUUUUUUACAGAAUGAACGAUUUUAUUGGCAUAAGAUCAGUAUCAGCAGCAUUUAUCAUGUAUCAGCCUGAAAUACCUGUAAAGAUAUAAAAGUGUAUCAUCAGGUAUAGGUGGUUACCCAGGGUGAUACACACUCAAGGAGACCCAUUGUAAGCCCUGACCAUUUUCCCUAAACAUAAAACAGCCACUAGACUUCUUCAUUAGUCUACUUCCCUGCUCUUUCAAAAAUUCAAUAUCAUGCAUCAUCCUGUCCAUCAUUUUGAAACUCAGUUGGAGAUAUUGCUUUUGACUUAAAUUUGGUCUGGUGAUUAAAACACAAUUUGAUAAAGGCUACAGCUGUAUCACUCAUUGAGAAUCUUUGCUGUAUAAAAUGUGAAGAAGGCUGCUGACCUGCCCCACAGCAGGGGUUUCAGGCCUCAAUAUUGAAAACUAAGAGAUAGUUUGUCGCUAAAGGUUUUUUUCAUCUAUGAACGUUACAUCAGUGUUAAUCUCUCACGUUUUCAUAACCAGUUAAAAACUCCUCACAGGGGCUCUAAAUUGUUCAAGUCCUUGUCUUCCUCUCUGAUGCGGUAAAUCCUCUCCUGUGUCAGAACAGCUUCUUCAUCCAGACAUGCUGACUCAGCAGUUCUGGUGCGGAGGCUGGCACCGCUGACGUGUAACCAUGGAAAGAUGGCGUCUACCACAGUGGAAUAUUUUUUCCUAAGUUUUGUCAUCUGUUAACCUGAACUGACUGACCCCUGCGUGGCUUUCUGACUCAGUCAUUUACAUUUUUAAGGCUGUAAAGCCAUAAUAUGUAUUUUACUUCUGUUAUUAUUUUUCACAUCGGUUUUGGGUUGGUAACAUUCAUGGUAAGUUGCGCUUCUGUGUGGAUUUACCUUAAUUUCACCGGUUCAAUUGUGUGGCUGGAGGGAGACAGAAUUUUUCACUUUUUGAAUGCCGCUGUUAGGUUUUUUUUUUGUUUUUGUAAAGUUAUUUUUCAAAUAACAACCAAAACUUGCCUGGACUUUAUAAUUUAUCUUAUAUGAACGAGUCUCAAUUGCAUGACUGCUUAUUGUUUCUAAAAUAAGUUUUAUUUAUUUAACAACAGAACAACAAUAUAAGAUCUUAUUUUUCUGCAUUGAUGACUCUGUAGCAAUCAUGAUAACUUUAUUUAUAAAUCACAUUACAAUCUCAGUGCUCUAUAGAAAUAGGGAUAUUAAAUACUGUUAUGAGUCGAAUGCAGAAAUCAGUCAAAUAAAGCAUUUGCCCAGUGUUCAUCAGAAAAAAUGUUUCCUUCUAACUUUGCUGAAGUGUUAUUGUUAUGCUGCUGGUGGUCCAUGGUUUUCUGAGAUGAAAUACAGUAGGAAAAGAUAUCUGUCAUUUUCAAAGUUUUGGGGCUCUUGGGGUUAAUCUGGAAACUAUAAAAGUGUGGAUGGAAGGUUGUUGUUUUGUUCCAGUGUCACCGUCAGCCCUCAGGUGUGCACAAAACUCACCAGAUAAGAGACAGACAGCCAUUUGUUUUUGUUUUUUUUUUAGUUUGUUCCUAGAGGGUGUGUAAGAACAAACAAACAAACUCAAUUUCAAGUUUGUUUUGUUUCAGCCUCACCCUCUGACUUCUCUCACCUACUGUGCUGUAGAAACAGUCGGAGCUCUGUAGGUAAUUCAAUGCUCUAUUGUUUUAUUGUGUUCAACACCAGGAAGUUGAAACACCUCAGUUGCUCUACUGAACCCUGUUGAACUUUGUGGGAGGCGCUAGUCACGAUUCAGGGCGUGUGUUUUUUGUGAAUAGGAAGGCGGAGACUGACUGGAUGUCAUGCUGGCUCGAGUCCAGUUUGGCAAGACUCCUGAAAACAAGCUGGUCUGAUCUAGUUUACUAUCCUGCGUCACACUGUAGAGAUAAUAAACAUUCUGCUGAAAUACUCUGAUGUCAAUUAUUUUAAAUGCAAGUUAUGUACUCUUAUGCCUUAACUUACAUGUGCUUAUCCUCAUAACUGACAGAUUUUGUGUCCUUAUUGAAUAUUAAAUGUAGGUCCAUUUAUUCAUC